AGCCAAUCUUAUAAAAUAGGUUGCAACACCCAGUGGUCCUAGGACCACUAGGCAACCUCACAUCUGACAGUAUGCAGUUCUCCUGGAGCCAAAUCCUAGUGACUGCCUUCGUGGUGAUACUUGGCCCUACCAGAACAACAUCUAAUUUGGUGGAAAAUUUUGACGAUCAUCAUCAUGCAUUACUCAGAGUUGAUAACGACGACAAAGUCAUCGAUUAUAGAUUGCCAACCACCUUAUCGCCUGAAAGUUAUACGGUCCUACUGACACCGUACUUCAAUAAUUUCACAUUUGAUGGCGAUAUUUUAAUUAUAGUAAACGUCAUCAAUGACACUGAUACAAUAUCAUUGCAUACAAAGGAUUUGGUCAUCAAUCAAAUUCAGAUCAAUAACACAGCUGGUGCUACGUUACCAGUUGCUGGAACCCAAUGGGAUUCUGUUACUGAAAUUCUGACAAUCAGCCUCAACAACACUUUGUCAUCAGGCACGUCAAUUUACGUGGGGAUGACUUUCGUCGGGACACUGAAUGACGACAUGGUCGGAUUUUAUAGAAGUUAUUAUACCGAUGCAAAUGGAAAUACUGUUUGGAUCGCUGCCACUCAAUUUCAACCGACCCAUGCCAGACAAGCUUUUCCCUGCUUUGACGAACCUAAUUACAAAGCAACGUUUAGAAUUAGCAUCAACAGGCCUGAAGAACUUCAUGCACUGAGUAACAUGCCGUUAAGGAGUUCAAGUGCAGUAAGGGAUGGACGCAUUACGGAUGCCUUCGACGAAAGUGUCCCCAUGUCGACGUAUCUUGUCGCUUUUAUUGUUUCCGACUUUGAGAGCAUAUCUUCUGCAAACGGAAACUUCAGUGUUUGGGCUCGUUCCAACGGCAUAAAUCAAGGAGAAUACGCAUUGUCCUUGGGACCUAAAUUGCUUUCUUACUUCACUAAAACUCUUGGGCAUGAUUAUCCAAUUGAGAAAAUGGAUAUGGCGGCCAUACCUGAUUUUUCAUGGGGCGCCAUGGAGAACUGGGGUCUGAUAACUUAUAGAGAAACAGCAAUGCUGUAUGACGAUGAUCAUUCUUCGUCGGUAAACAAAAUCAGAGUCGCUACUGUCGUUGCUCAUGAAUUAACUCACAUGUGGUUUGGCAAUCUAAUUACAUUAGCUUACUGGGAUCACGCAUGGUUAAACGAAGGCUUCGCUAGGAGAUUCCAGUAUCUAGCUACUGAUUCGGUGGAGUCAGACUGGAAUUUGAGUUACCAAUUUGUAGUGACCAGUCUUCAAAGGGCAUUGCUAUCCGAUGGAUCAUCGUCAGCUCAUGCACUUUCAACUUCCGUUUCAACACGAGCAGAAAUCAAUGCGCAUUUCGAUACUAUCUCCUAUGAUAAGGGUGCUGGAGUCAUUAGGAUGAUGGAACAUAUCCUCGGUCAAUCAAUAUUUUUUACAGCACUCAAUAAUUAUAUCAAAGCAAACAAAUAUGCUAACGUGGUACCUCAAGAUCUUUGGGACGCUAUUCAAGAUCAGGUCGAUGCCCAUGAUAUAUUUUUGGAUAAUCAAAGGAUAGAGACGAUUAUGAAUACUUGGGCUACUCAAAGCGGUCAUCCAGUCGUUAAGGUUGAUUUUGACGAAAAUACAGGAAUUGCCAAAAUUUCUCAACAACGUUUCUUACUGAAGCCAUCCAACACGACUCCUACCAAUGUAACGUGGUGGAUCCCAUUGACGUUCGUCAGUGCGAGCAAUCCUGAUUUUGAAAAUACAACAGUCACACACUGGUUGGGCGAUGAAAGUAGAACUAUUCAGGUUAAUGACGGAGUCGAUGAAUGGAUACUGUUCAACAUUCAAGAACUUGGAUUCUUCCGUGUGAACUACGAUGAGAAAACAUGGAACCGACUAAUCAACCUUCUCAACAGUGAUGACUUCGAAAUCAUUCACGUACUAAAUCGUGCGCAGAUUAUCGAUGACGUUCUUAAUCUUGCCAGAGGAGGUUACAUCGACUAUUCGAUUGCAUUGGAUGCAACUAAAUAUUUAAGAAGAGAAACUAAUUAUUAUUCUUGGAAAGCUUUAUUCAAUGGAUUCGAUUAUCUUACUCAACAUUUCCGAGGGCAAUCUGUCUGGGUUCUUUAUCAAACUCAUCUUCUCAGCAUUAUUGACAAUGUUUAUGUAACUCUUGGCUUCAACGAACGCGAGAGUGAUGACUUUCUUGAUGGCUUGAACAGACAACAAAUUUUAAAAUACGCAUGUAGUUUUGGUCAUCAGGGGUGCAUAUCAAAUUCUGUCAAACUUUUUGCUACAUUCAAAGCGAAUAGUUCGGCGCUAAUCUCAGCUAAUUUACGGGAAGCUGUUUACUGCACGGCGAUAAAACAUGGCGAUGAAAGUGAUUGGAAUUUUCUCUGGAAACGAUACUUGAACGCUAAUGUAGCUGCAGAACAAAGCGUUAUACUGUCUGCACUUGGUUGUACAGAAAAUCCAACAAUCAUUAAGACGUAUCUUCAUUAUGCUAUCCGUAAUAACUCCGGCAUACGGUAUAUGGAUAGUAGUACCGUAUUCGCAGCAGUUUACACAUACGGCGGUGUUGUAGGCCUCGAAACCGUAAUAGACUUUAUCGCAGAAUAUUAUAGAGAAAUGGAAGCAUAUUAUGGAGAUUUAAGCAAAGUAUCCAGCAUUCUUGCUGGUGUGGCAGGAAGAUUAUCAACUUCGAAAUUAAUAGAAAAGUAUGAGAUCUUCGUUGAAACUUACGGUACCAAUUUGUCAUCUAUAGAAAGUAACUUAAAAUCCCAAUUGACAACUGCCAAGCACGACUUGAAUUGGUAUCAUGAAAUUGAAGAGACAAUUGUAAAUUGGUUGACCAAAGAAUACUCUUCGGAAACAAUUGAUUAUCGUUUACCAACGAACAUUAAACCAACUGCGUAUAGAAUUUUGAUGAUGCCCAAUCUCUCGAAUUUCACAUUCAGCGCAACUGUUAAAAUUGUAGCGACUGUUGUCAAAGAGACUAAUCAGGUUGUUUUGCAUUAUUCACCGGAUCUUACUAUAAUUACGUAUACCAUUAUUACUGGGACAAGAACAAUUCCAAUUUUAUCAAGUGUCCAUGAUCCUAUAACUGAAAAGGCUACGUUCACACUGGCUCAAAAUCUAGCAGUUGGAACAAGUAUUACCAUAUCUUUCGAAUACUCAGGAAUUUUGAGGGACAGUAUGGUUGGAUUUUACAGAAGUAGUUACGUAAAUGCAAAUGGUGAAACGAGAUGGUUAGCUGCAACGAAGUUCGAACCCACUCAUGCCAGAAAAGCUUUUCCCUGUUUUGAUGAACCAGCUUUCAAAGCGACGUUUGUUAUUCGCAUACAAAGAACAAAAGAGUAUUCCACUAUCAGCAAUAUGCCAUUUUCUUAUCAAACAAUUUCAGGAUCUUACAUAUGGGACACGUAUAAGACUAGCAUAGAAAUGUCCACGUAUCUUGUGGCUUUUAUAAUUUCUGAUUUUUCUUAUCUGUCCGCCACUACUGGUUACACUUUUGAAUUCAAUGCUUGGGCCAGACCAAAUGCUAUUGAUCAAGCUAAUUAUGCUGUUACCUAUGGACCACAGGCUCUUCAUUACUUUGAACUUCUCUUUAAUCAGCAAUAUCAAAUUGAUAAAAUGGAUAUGGUGGCGAUUCCUGAUUUCGCAGCUGGCGCUAUGGAAAACUGGGGUUUAAUCACUUAUAGAGAAACUCGUAUGUUGUACGAUGAAAAUCAUUCUUCAGUAUCUGCACAACAGGCAGUCGCUGCUGUUAUCACUCACGAAUGUACACACAUGUGGUUCGGAAAUCUUGUAAGCCCCAAAUGGUGGAAUGCACUUUGGUUGAACGAAGCUUUCGCCAGAUACUAUCAAUACAUUGCAACGUCAAAGAUUGAGGUCGGUUGGAAGAUUGAUCAACAAUUUGUUGUUGAACAACUUCAAGUUGUCUAUAACAUUGAUGGACUGGAAUCAUCUCAUCCAAUGACGUAUACUGUUUCAAGUCAAUCAGAAAUUGCUGGAAUAUUCGAUUCCAUUACUUAUGCAAAAGGUGCCAGUGUUGUUAGAAUGACAGAACUCUGUUUGGGUACAAGUAUCUUCAAUGCAGCACUGCAUAAUUAUUUGGAAGCUCAUCAAUACGAUGUGGCCGAACCUGAUGAUCUAUGGGAAGCAAUUCAGAGAGAAGUUGAUAGUAAUGGCCUAGUCCUUGGUAGUACAGUAAAGACAAUCUUGGAAAGUUGGACAACGCAAGCCGGAUUUCCGGUGUUAUCAGUCAAUAUUGAUAACGGAGUUGCUACCUUGAAACAGGAAAGAUAUUUCCUGAGAAAUCUCAAAUCCACUUCCGCUGCUGUUACUUGGUGGAUACCAAUAACGUGGACUUCUGCAAGUAAUGCUAAUUUCAGUAAUACUGCUGCACAAUAUUGGUUCUCCAAUGAAAGUGCAAGUAUUAAUAUCAAUGAUGGAACCGCUGAAUGGAUAAUCUUCAACGUCCAAGAAUCUGGAUUUUAUCGUGUCAAUUAUGACAAUGCAUCUUGGUAUAGAAUUAUUAUGCAACUGGAAAGUGAAAAUUUUGAAGUUAUACAUGAAUUGAACAGAGCGGCCAUUAUCGAUGACUUAUUGAAUCUUGCCAGAGCUGGUUAUCUGGGUUAUGAGGUUGCACUUGAUGGCCUUCAAUACAUAAUCAAGGAAACGAACUAUCUUCCAUAUAAAUCAGCAUUUACGUCUCUUGCUUAUCUAAAUCGACGCUUCGCUGGACAUAGAAAUUACCACAUAUAUGCCUAUCAUAUGCUAAAUCUUAUCGAAGAAACGUAUGACACUCUUGGCUUUAAUGAUAGAGUUGAUGACUCCUGGCUUACCCUUCUCUUAAGACGCGAAAUCCUUGCAUGGGCAUGUCGAUUUGGACAUGAAAAUUGCAUUAGCACGUCGCUCCAGUACUUUGCUAAUUGGAGAGCCAACAGCUCUAGACCAGUUCCCAAAAAUCAGAGAACCGUAGUUUAUAACACGGCGAUCAAAUAUGGCUCAUCGGAUGAUUGGCAAUUCUUAUGGCAAAAAUAUUUGAAUGCAAAUGUCGCCGCUGAACAAACUGUCAUUUUGACAGCGCUCGGUUGCAGUGAGAACGUGACACUGUUGGAAAGGUACUUGUUGUACGCCAUUACGAGUUAUAACGAAAGCGGAAUUCGAAUGCAAGACAGUACUACUGUUUUCACUUCAGUUUACAGUGGUAGUCUUGUUGGAGCAGAAUACGUGCUUGACUUUGUUGCACAAUAUUAUAUAAAAAUGUAUGAAUACUAUGGCAGUUACACCCAGAUCGGCAGUAUUAUCUCAGGAGCUGCUCAAUAUCUUUCUACUGAAGAGCUUGUGAAUAAAUUCGAACUUUUCAUACAAAUUCACCAGAUUAACUUAUCCAGUAUUAUAUCAACCUUGGAAUCAUCGUUGACUUUGGCACAGUACGAACGACAAUGGUCAGAGAAUAACUUGAUUACCAUUAUAACUUGGAUUAAAAACAAAUAUGGUUCUAUGAUCGACGUUACCGAAUCAACGACCGUUACUGUCACUGUAACAAGUUCAGCUGACAGUGUCUCAAGUACCAUAAGUGAUGACAUAACAACAUCCACAGCAACAACACCCGAUGAUAGCAAUGGAACAACUGCAACCACAAACGGCAGCACAACAAAGGCACCUGAUAAUAGCACUGAAACAGUUUUAACCACAAUCGACACCACAACAAAAGCACCCGAUAGCAGCACUGAAACAGCUGUGACCGAUACUACAACCACAACAACAAAUUCUGAUAACACUGAAUCAACCGACGAUUUUGAUAAUACAAUUACUACUCCAUCACCUGCAAGUAAUGAAACUAACAGUGAAGACACAAGCUCUACCACGGACUACAGAUUGCCGACUAAGAUCCUACCAAGCAGAUACGAUAUUUCUGUCAUCCCCUACUUAGAAGAUGGAAACUUCACUUUUGAUGGCACUGUGCAAAUUGGAGCAGUUGUGGCUGAAGCAACGAACACUAUUGUACUUCAUAUAGACCAAAUCACUUACCACGAUGUCACCGUUACGCUUGGUUCAACCACACUUGACAUUGAAAGCAUAUCGAAUUCCACAACCUAUCAUUUCCUAAUUAUAACGCUUAAGUCAACGUUGACAGUUGGUAGCCACAUAACUAUUACAAUCACAUAUCAAGGAACGUUAAAUACCGAGAUGCGAGGAUUUUACAGAAGCUCGUACGUCAAUGCCGCUGGCACAACACGGUGGUUGGCCUCUACGCAUUUGGAACCAGUUGGUGCUAGGAGAAUGUUCCCAUGUUUCGAUGAACCAGCAUUAAAAGCAAUCUUCCAAAUACGUGUAUCCAGACCAAAAGAUUAUGUCGCUGUCAGCAACAUGCCAUUGUCAAGCAGUUCCGCUGCCGUUAACGGUCGCGUCUGGGACACUUUCGAAGAUACUCCAAUAAUGUCCACGUAUCUGGUUGCAUUGAUAGUAUCUGAUUUUAACUAUUUGAUGGAUUCAACGUCGUUCUACAGAGUGUGGGCCCGUAAAAAUGCCAUUAAUCAAGCAGAGUAUGCCUUAUCUAUAAUCGACCCCCUUGUAACCUUCUUCGAAAAUAAAUUGAACCAUGAAUAUCAGUUAUCAAAAUUGGAUAUGGCAGCUCUACCAGAUUUUGCCUCUGGCGCAAUGGAGAACUGGGGCCUUAUAACUUAUAAAGAAACGCGAAUGCUUUACGAUGAAAAUCACUCAUCGAUUAUUGAUAAGCAAAUAAUUGCCAACGUUAUAUCGCACGAAAUUUCUCAUCAGUGGUUUGGUAAUUUGGUCAGUCCACUUUGGUGGAAGUAUCUGUGGCUUAAUGAAGGAUUUGCACGUUACUUCCAGUACCACGCUAUGGCUCAGGUCGAAAAAAAUUGGGGAUUAGAAAAUCAAUUUGUAGUGGAACAACUGGAGGCCUCAUAUGCUACUGACGGUCUCACUUCCAGUCAUCCAAUGACUCAUGACGUGUACACCCCGACAGCAAUCAGAGGAAUCUUCGAUACUAUUUCAUAUGCCAAAGCCGCCAGCGUCAUUCGCAUGGUGGAGAAGACGUUUGGAACAGAAUUAUUUAAUAAUGCCCUACACAAUUACCUCGAAGCUCGGGAAUAUGAUGUUGCCACACCCGAGGAUCUUUUUGAUGCGUUCCAAGCCCAAGUUAAUGCAGCUGGUAUCAAACUGAAUACAACUGUUCAAGAAAUCAUGAACACCUGGACCACUCAGGCUGGCUUCCCAGUUGUGUCUGUUGUUAUUGCGAAUGGCACGGCUACGUUAUCUCAGGAACGUUUCUUGCUUCGCAAUUACGUGAAUUCUCCAAUAAACGUAACAUGGUGGGUACCCAUAACGUGGGCCACGAAAAGUAAUCCUGACUUUAGUACAACGACGCCGAAAUAUUGGUUGAAAGAAGCGACUGGUUCUGUGGUACUGCGUGCUUCGGAUGAGUGGGUCAUCUUUAAUGUUCAAGAAGCCGGUUACUACAGGGUUAAUUACGAUACUGACUCCUGGCAGCGGAUUAUUUAUUUACUUAAGAACGAUGAUUUGGAUAUCGUUCAUGUACUGAAUCGUGCCUCGAUCGUGGAUGAUCUUUUCAAUCUUGGUAGAGCAGGCUACGUGCACUAUUCUACUAUUUUUUCAGCGACACAGUAUUUGACUCGAGAGACCAAUUAUCUGCCAUGGCUGUCUACAUUUAAUGCUCUUGUAUACUUAAAGAGACGCGUGGCCGGCAGACAUCUUCAGGAUCUGUUGCAAAGUCACGUCUUGACCAUCAUACAACCCAACUACGACAGACUUGGUUUUCAUGAUAUCGAUGGUGAAGAUUAUUAUGACAAGUUGCUAAGACCAUACAUACUUAAUUGGGCCUGUGAUUAUGGUCACGAGAAAUGCAUUUCUACUUCGCUGCAAUUGUUUGCUGCGUGGCGUGCCAAUUCUUCCGCACCAAUUCCAGUCAAUCAAAGACCCGCAGUCUACUGCACCGCCAUUAAGCAUGGAGCAGCCGAAGAUUGGAAAUUCCUAUGGGAGCAAUAUCUUAAUUCUAAUGUUGCCACCGAAAAGAUCACGAUUUUGAAGGGCUUGGGUUGCAGCCAAAACACUGCUAUACUACACGAUUACUUGAAAUCGGCCAUUACCGAAAAUUCUGGAAUUCGAUUCCAAGAUAGUUCGACUGUCUUUAGUUCAGUCUAUUCUACGGGUAUAACAGGUGCUAAUUACACUUUGGACUUCAUCGAGGAACAUUACAACGACAUGUACGAUUACUACGGAGAUUUCAGCAAAGUCCGAUCGUACCUGAGUGGUCUUUCUCUGCGAUUGUCUACGAAAGAGCUCGUUGAAAAGUAUGCAAGAUUCAUUGACAACCACGGCUCUAAUUUAACGUCGAUCGUAAGGUCAUUACGAUCAUACUUAGCCAGAGCUCAUUACGAACUGAACUGGUACACCGAGUAUUCGCCACAAAUUUACGAAUGGCUCGAUACAGCCUAUCCCAGUAAAAGCCACAGAUUGCCAAGAACAAUUUAUCCAUCGAGUUACGACAUAUUUGUUACACCUUAUCUCGAAGAGGACAACUUUGUCUUCGAUGGCAAAGUUACGAUAAUGAUGACGGUUGCUGAAAACACAUCAGCAAUAAUUCUUCAAGCAAACGAGCUAACGAUAAACAGCAUUAUUGUUUUUAAAAAUUUGAUUUACCCACUUAAAGUAUCUAGCUACACCCUGAACCCAACAACUCAUCGCUUCAACAUUUAUUUGGACAGCACUGUUGUUGCUGGUACAAUACUGUCCGUCUACAUCUCGUACAGUGGUAUUUUGAAUGACGAUAUGACAGGAUUUUAUCGUAGCUCGUAUAGGGACGAAGAUGGUAAAACUCACUGGAUCGCCGCCACACAAUUCCAACCAACCCAUGCUAGAAAGGCUUUCCCGUGCUUCGAUGAGCCAUCUUUUAAAGCUAAAUUUAGUGUCAAUAUAGAGAAAUUAGAGUCUUAUGAAACUCUUAGUAAUAUGCCACUGAGAUGGUAUGAUACGUCAGAUACCCCAGGUCGUAUAUGGGAUGCUUAUGAGGAAACUCCAAUCAUGUCAUCGUAUCUGGUUGCCUUCGUCAUGUUCGAUUUUGAACUGAUGGGGAGCCAUCACGAUUUCAGCAUAUGGGCAAGACCUAACGCCAUUCAGUAUGCCGAUUAUUCGUUUAAAGUUGGUCAGGAAGCUUUAGGAUUUCUAGAAAAUUAUACUGGCGUUGCGUAUCCAUUACCAAAAAUGAGCAUGGUGGCUAUACCCGACUUUGCUUCAGGCGCUAUGGAGAAUUGGGGUCUCGUAACGUAUAGGGAAUACGGUCUUCUGGCAAGUGAUAACGUGACGUCAGCGACAUACAAAAAAUAUAUGACCAACAUAAUUUCUCAUGAGCUUGUACACAUGUGGUUUGGUAAUUUGGUAACUUGCGACUGGUGGGACUAUACUUGGCUCAAUGAAGGAUUCGCACAAUAUUUCCAAUGGAUAGUCAGUGACUCUAUUCAACCGGAAUGGAACUUACUCCAGCAAUUUGUCGUCUACCAACUUCAAGUAGCGAUGCAGGCAGAUGCAUCUGCGACGAUUCAUGCUAUGAAUCAUGACGUAUCGUCUCCUGCAGAAAUUUCUAGCGGAUUCGACACAAUAGCUUAUGGAAAAGCCGCCAGUGUGAUCCGUAUGAUGCACCAUGGUUUUGGUUCAAACGUCUUUACUAAUGCCUUGCACAAUUACCUGGUGGAACAUCAGUACAGUACUGUACUACCUGAAUACCUGUGGGACGCCAUGCAAGCUCAAGUUGAUAAAUACCCAGUAUCGGAUGAGUUCGAUGUUUCUGUAUCUACGAUCAUGAACUCUUGGGCAAGUCAAUCCGGUAUGCCACUAGUUCAUGCCACCUUGGACUACGGAGGACUGACUCUGUCACAGGAACGCUUCAUGUUUAACCGCAGCCUGUCUUCGUCGUAUAAUUAUACGUUCUGGAUCCCAAUAACGUAUACAACAGCUUCCAGUCCGAAUUUCGAGACAACAACGACAAGAGAUUGGUUCUAUAAAACGGAAUCGAUCUUCGAUGUAGGAAUGCCCGAUGAAUGGUACAUUUUAAACAUCCAGCAAGUUGGCUAUUACCGAGUGAAUUAUGACGAAACCAAUUGGGCGCGUUUGAUAGCUGUACUCAAAAGUAAUCAAUAUCAAAUAAUUCACGAGAUGAAUCGUGCGCAGAUCAUCGACGAUCUUUUGAACUUGGCUAGAGGAGGAUACGUUGACUACAGUCUUGCGUUGAACGCGACUGAAUAUCUGGCAAAGGAAUCGAAUCAUCUUCCUUGGAAAGCACUUUCCAAUGGUAUCGCUUAUUGGACGUAUCGCUUUGAGGGACAUUUGAUCAAGAGUACCUUCGGUAAAUACAUUCUCGAAAUUAUUGAUAAAGCUUAUCAAGAUCUUGGCUUCGAAGAUUCCGAGGACGAAGGCCAAUUAGAACAAUUGAACAGACAGCUCAUUCUCAAAUGGGCAUGUCAAUAUGGGCAUAAAGAAUGUAUUGAGAGAUCGAAAGAAUUAUUUGCGGCUUGGCGUGCUGAUAACACGAAAUGGAUAAGUCCCAAUGCCAGACCAACUGUCUACUGUGCAGCAUUGAAAUAUGGUUCUCACGAGGACUGGUUGUUCCUGUGGAAUCAAUAUUUAAAAUCGAAUUUUCAAUCCGAACAAGUAGUCAUUUUGAAUGCACUUGGUUGUACGCAAAAUAAAACGAUACUUGAAAACUACCUAAGCAUCGCCAUAGCCCCGGAUAAUGUUAUUCGAAAACAAGAUAUUUCAACUGCCUUUUCUUCGGUCUACACAGCUGGUCAAUUUGGAUUGGAAGCAACACUUAAUUUCCUUUAUGAGCACUAUACCGACGUAUACAGUUAUUACAACACGUGGAGUAGCGUUGGCAGCUUAUUCUCCAGUGCUGCCGCAUAUAUUUCAACUCAAGAACAAAUAGAAACGCUGGAAGCCUUCAUCGCUGCUAAUGAAAAUAACAUUGUGGAAAUCAUCGCAACCCUAAAUUCAGCAGUUAGCACAGCUAAAAUGAAUUACCAAUGGUUUGAAAGCAGCUCGCCAGAUAUAUUAGCUUGGUUGGAAUCGCGAAGUCAUGCCAACGAGGAAAUACCGGCACAACCCGAUAUAGAAGAAAGUGGGCUCAGUCGCAACACGCAAUUCAUAUUGAUAUCACUGUUAACGUUAUUAAUGGUAAUAAUAUUGGUAACAUUGAUUUGCGUAAUAAUUUACUGUAGAAGAAAGCGACGAUUCACAAAGAAAAUAGUUAAAUAACAAUAAUUACUGAUAUCAUGACUUGUGAUAUUCAAAUUUCGCAUAUAGCAUACAUAUGUAAAUAUAGUAUACUAACUUGAUUUUAAUAAAGCUCAAUCAAGUAUC